CAUGGCAAUGUGUAGAUCCGUUUGAGUACAGCGAGUGCGAAUGAGUGCAGCUAAAGUGAACACGUUGCCUCAACAGCAUUCUGUCAUCGUCGCGCAGCAGUGUUCGAGAAAAUUGAGAAGUGUGGUGCCGUGGUGCGGCUCGUCGGGCGUCAAGUGACGUCGAGCGUCGACACGAUUUCACUCGCCCCCUUCGUCAUCCUUUGUGCAGGAUUUUUUAUCAGUCCAAUUCUCGCGUCGAUAUGGCCUGGCUGUCCGGUCUCGCUGAUAAGGCAGAGAACCUGUUAAAUAAAAUCGACAAAAACACUGCGGCUGUCUUAAAUAAGGAUAAAUACGAGAUGCCGCAGGGUCAUCUGUCAGAAGUUACGUGGCUCGCACCGGAAUCUGGGCUAAAUGGAAGUGUGUCAAAGACACCUCUGUUGGGCUCUUCAGAUCACAUUUCUUAUGCAGCUCCUACUUCGAGUUUGACUUCAGUAAAUCUGUUAAAUGUAACUGCGCCUAAAGAGGAUGCGUUAUUUACGUAUUUGAAUACGCCUAACCCGAGUCCAAAGAGGAUAGUGGAAUCUUUCAAAUCCCCAUCAACUACUUCGUCGUUAUUGGUUGAACACCCUACCGAUGACACAGAUUCGGAUCUGUCAAUUCAGAGUGAUCGAAUUAGCCCAACUCCAUCACACGUUUCGAUAGAGAUGAUUUCCAACGCUUUAGAUGAUAAAGACACUGAAGUAAAUUGCAAAUUUAUGGAAAAUGCAAAUUUAUAUUCAUACAAUGGUGAUGUACAGACUUUAGAUUGUGAAGAUCUGGAUAAAUCAACAAUAGGAGCUGCACAGAAUGAACACAUAAAUACGGAAGAGCAUUCAAACGUAUUCUAUCCUCAACCUGGGUAUAAAAUAAAAUCAAACAAUUUGAAAGUAGAUAAUUUAAAUCCAAUUGAUUCAGUAAGUAAACAAAAAUAUGUAAGAGAAAUGGAUAGCUAUUUGGAGAAACAAAAUGAAUUUCUUGAGAAACAGACAGAUUAUCAAAAAGAAAUUGUGGUUUUAAAUGAAAAAUUGAAAGCUUUGGAAAUGGAAAAGCUGGAGCAGUCAAAGCAAAUAGUAGAUUUGCAAUCUGUCAUUGAUAGAAAUAAACAGGAGAUAAACUCGAUAAGAUCUGAAUUGGAACUGCAUAAAGCUAGGGCACUGAAAACUUUACAAGAAAAGGAAAAACUUAUAGCAGAACUGAAAAGUAAUACACCAACAGCUAUGGAUGAAGCCACCAUUAUGGAAUUGAAUCAAUUAAAGCAGGAACGUGACAGUGUCAGGGACGAAAAUCAGCAAAUGUGUCAGCAGCUGAAAAUGCUGCGAGAAGAGCUAACAAAUGCAGAUCUGAAUUUAGAAAAAAUGAGACAAAAAUUAGCCGAGACAAAUUUACAAAAUCAAGAGAUUCUUACCAAUGAAAGACGUCGAAGAUUAGAAGCGGAAGAUGACAUGAAAUUGCAUUCUGAGGAAAUAAGAUCCUUGAAAGAUGAAUUAAUUAGUCAACGUAAUGGAUUUAGUUUACAGUUGCAAAAACAAAAUUCAGAAAUUUCUAGACUUAAAAUGCAGUUAUCUAUAUCGGCGACACCGAGUAAUGAAAUGGAUUCAAGAAUAGCGUCUCUUACCCAAACUCUGGUUCUAAAACAGCAAGCAUUGGAAUGUUUGACGACAGAAAGAAAUGCAUUACGUCUUCAGCUUGAAAAAAUUGAACAUGAAUAUAGAAACGCUGCAGGCAAUUUACGAAGAAACAUAUCGUACAACAAUAUAAACGAUACGGAUGAUGCGAAAGCUCAAGUUCCUACGUUUUUAAUGGAAACACCGUUUGAUACGAGCGUUGCCAGAAGAAUGAAGAGAGCUUAUUCUUCAUUGGAUGCAAUAAGCAUUCGAACGGGAGUAUUUUUAAGGAGAUAUCCGUUAGCCAGAAUUUUAGUGUUGAUUUAUAUGGUAAGUUUAUACGUACGUGUCAAUUGUUUUAAUAUAAAUACUUCUGCGAAACAUAAUGUAUAUUUUUAUAGGGAGUACUUCAAUUUUGGGUUUUGGUAGUCCUCUUUUUCCAAUCGCCAGAAGCUCAUUAAUAUAAAUUAGAGUAUUAAGCUCUUUUUAAAUAAGAAAAUAUGUUUAUAAGAAAUAAAAUUUUUAUGUAAAUAUCAGAAAUCAAUACAUACAUGGGGCGGAUUAGAAUGUGUACAUAAGCAUAUCCUUAUAUAUAAAAUUAUUGUUAAAGAAAAAUUUAAAUAAAAUUUAGUAGUGAGUUACACAGGUGACAUAUUAUGAUUGUAAAAUUGUAUUUAUUUUUUUACUACAUAUUUAAAAUGGUAUAAUGUUAAUAAGACUACAAAUACGGGCAGCAUUAAAGUACAAUUAAGUGGUGAUGAAACGAAAGAUGUAAAUAAGUUAUGUAUAAUAUUACUUUGUUCUUGUAAUAUAAGCAUGUAACAUAACAUCAAUUAUAAUCGAGUUCGAAAUUUUUAUGAUAAUAAAGACUAUUCUUCCUAAAGAAUCCAAUAUAUACAAAGAGUAUAUAUUCACACAAUUACUUUUAAGUCUCACACAAGCUAUACAAAAUAUAUUGAAAUACGAUAUAAUUGCGAAUAUAUUGCUCUGUUAAAUAUUAAUUUCUUAUUAUAAUAUUUGAUUCCGUUCUUUCUGAUAGUAAUAUUAGAAGUAAUUAAGCACAGUGAUAUGACAAGACAUUAUUUGUAAAUGUUUUUAUAAUAGAUUUUUUCUCGCAUAUACGCAUGCACAUACACACACAACACCCACGUCAAUCAUAUGUAAGAUUGGAUUCAUAAAAUAUUUUGUAAUCAUGUCGACGGUAAAAUACUCUUAUGUAAAUACAGUAAAUAUUACGAUGGACAUCUAA